CGGACGAGCCGGGGACACCCUUGGGGCACCGGGCGGAGCUGGGCCGGGCCGGGGCGUCCCUCCCCGCUGCCUGGCGCUUUCGUUUUCGUUUUCGCUUCUGCCUCGCCGGAGCCCAGCGCCAAGAUGUCAGGAGCUCACCACGUUGAUAGUCCUACUGAAGAGAGAAGUGAUGAAGGUCAAGAUGAUGUAGUUGAUGCAAAGCCAGACAGAAGUAGCAGACUCUCAAUUUUUUCAAGGUAAAAAAAAGAAGAAUGGAGAAGAAGAGCAGCCAAAGUCCUCUCUCAGUAAUCAGUACCGAAUUGUUACACCCACAUUCCAGUAUAAUAUGGACUACAAGAAAGUUGGCAAAUGCAUUAUUAUAAACAACAAAAAUUUUGAAGACAAAACAGGAAUGGGUACACGCAACGGCACUGAUAAAGAUGCUGGAGAUCUAACUAAGAGUUUUAGAAACUUAGGUUUUGAGGUUCACAUAUACAAUGACCGAAGCUGUGAUGAUAUGAAAAAACUACUGAAGCAAGCUGCUGAAGAGAAUCACAGUGAUGCUGCUUGCUUUGCCUGUAUCCUUCUAAGCCACGGGGAGGAAGGCCUCAUCUAUGGCACCGAUGGACCUAUGGCUAUCAAACAUCUGACUGCACUCUUCAGAGGAGACAAAUGUAAAAGCCUUAUAGGGAAACCCAAAUUAUUUUUCAUUCAGGCAUGCCGAGGCUCUGAAUUUGAUGAAGGUAUACAAACUGACUCUGGACCUGCAAAUGACACUCUGGAAACAGAUGCCAAUCCUAGAUACAAAAUUCCAGUUGAAGCAGAUUUUCUGUUUGCAUAUUCCACAGUGCCAGGUUAUUAUUCAUGGAGGAAUCCUGGAAGAGGCUCCUGGUUUGUGCAGUCUCUGUGCUCUGUGCUAAAUGAACAUGGAAAACAACUUGAGAUCAUGCAGAUCCUCACACGGGUCAACUAUGUGGUUGCCACAAAUUUUGAAUCACAAUCUGAUGAUCCACGCUUCAGUGAGAAGAAGCAGAUUCCUUGCGUAGUGUCUAUGCUCACUAAGGAACUUUACUUCUGAAAGCAGAUUUUAAUGCAACCAAUGAUGUGAGAUCAGGAUAUGUUUUUGGGUGGAGAUUGGAUUAUAAAUUGGAAUAACACUAUUUUAUAUAAUUCAAUUACACUAGAUUUAUAAAUCGCAUAAGCUGGAGUAUCUGAUGGAUGGACAAUAUACAAGAUUUAAAAAAAAUAAAUGCUCUGGACCAACCCUACAGCUGAUACAAAUUAUUUUGAUUUUCCUUAGUGUGGCUGUCUUGAUUUAUGGGUAUUGAAGAUGUUCUGAGAGUUACCUACCUGAUCCAUAAAGGUUUAUUCCAGAAAACAGAUUGUAAAAUUUAUUUUAAAAAGCAUCAAUGAGACUCCAUCUUUUCUCUCACUACUAGCUCAAAGAACUGUAAAUUCCUUGGAAAUUUCUGAAGACUGUCAUACUAUGGGAAUGUCCAGAGAUAAAACUAAUCUUGUAGCUCUUUAAAAGGGUGGUUCAUAGUCUAAUUUAUUCAUUUCCUUUUUUAUGAGCAUUAUUAAUGAUGAUUAAUGGUUGCUCUGUGUUUAAUAUGGAAGUCAAUUUACUUAGUUAUCGUUCUAGCAAAAGGUGGUUUUAUUUGUAAGUGAUUCAGUUGAAUAGUAUUGAAAUGUGACAAACAUUUUAAUUUUAUUUUAUUCUAAAAUUGGGCAAAUUGUAAUUGGAUGAUGCCUUAUUAAAUUGCCACUUUGGAGACUUUUGCUUUGCAAAUGACAAUUAACUGUUAGAACGGCCUGAAACAGUGGUAUUGAAAUUUGUUUGCCUGCAGAAAUAAAAAUAUCUGAUUGUUGAUUCAGAAGUUUUGAAUCCACAGAAAGUUAAUGUCUAGGCUUUGUUAUAAAAAAUAAAAAAAGGUUUAAUGUUGAAAUGAUAGAAUUAUGUGAAUGUUUACAAGUGGAUGUUUAGAUUUUACUUAUGUCUGUGAGGAAUUUUGCCAAGACUGGAAAUACUUACUUGAAUCAGAAACCAGAAGUGCCUUUUUAGUUACUGUAUUGUCUUGAUCUUGUAUUUUGGAGAUAUGUCGAUGAUGAUCAUAUUCCUACUUUUUAUAUUCUGUUUAAAUUUGGUAGCUAGUUCAGAAAAGUAAGUUUUAUGAUUUAGUUAGACUGCUAAAUGAUAAGUUAUUCACCCUUUUCCCAGCAAAUGCAUUCUAUACUUUUUUAUUGUAUUUUAUUUUAUUUUAUAAAUCUUCUAAGAAAAUAGUUACAUGUUACUAGGGCCAAAUUACCAAAUUAUUAAGUUAAUUUUCUUACAAGAAUUGUGGCAUAAUGAGGCAUAUUUUUUCAUAAGUCAAAUUUACAAUUGUUUGAAUAAAAUGAAUUACUGUUUUGUGGAAGUCUUGAGCGUGACAUCAAUAAAGACCUGUUUUGUUUUUUAAUUUCUUA